AUGACGAAGGUCCAGUAUGUAAAUCUUCUUUCCCUUGAUUUAAGUUAUAAUAAUAUUACUAUUCUAUAUCGUGGAACAUUUCGAGGUUUGCACAGACUACAAAAUUUGGAACUCCUCGUUCAAGGUUUAAGUAACCUGAUAACUGUUCAUAGUGAUUCAUUUAUCUUUUGUUGUUUAAAACCCGAUUCAGUGACAGAUGACAACUGUUAUCCAAAACGAGGAACAUUUUCAUCAUGUGACAAUUUGAUGCGACGAGAGGUCUUGAGGAUCUUUAUGUGGGUCAUCGGUGUUUGUGCUUUAACAGGAAAUUUUGGUACUGUCCUUUACCGCUUGAUUCUGGACAGGGGGAUGCUUAAAUCCGGCAGUGGACUCUACAUUACCCAUUUAGGAAUUUCUGACUUUUUGAUGGGAAUAUACAUGCUAGCUAUUGGCGUUGUGGAUGCAAUGUUUCGAGGGAAAUAUAUAUAUUUUGAUCAAUGGUGGAGAAAUAGCACGUAUUGUCAGGUUCUCGGAGCUUUGGCUACUCUCUCUAGUGAAGCAUCAGCUCUUUUUCUAUGUCUGAUAACUCUUGACAGAUUUCUCUUAAUAAGGUACCCUCUUGGACAAGUUCGAAUUUCACCACGAAUGUGUAGAACGGCGAUAAUUUGUGUUUGGUUAUUUUCUCUUGUAAUAGCCCUGGUUCCCGUUUUACCAGGUAUCUGCUUGGCAUUACCGUUGACUCCCGACAGGACACCGGGUUGGCAGUAUUCCACGGCAGUUUUUGUGUUUUUCAACUUUAUGACAUUUCUGUUGAUAUGUAUUGGUCAAGCUAUUAUGUACAAAUCCGUUGUUCAAUCUGGUUCUUGUGUUCAAAGUAAGGAAAGGCAAGCACGAGAUUUACAAAUAGCUAGAACAUUGUCUAUUAUUGUCAUAACGGAUUUUAUUUGUUGGUUCCCAAUUUGUUGUAUGGGUUUGAUGUCUCUUGGUGGUGUUUCUAUUGAUAGUGAGGUUUAUGCCUGGGCUGCUGUUUUCAUAUUGCCUGUAAAUUCUGCUCUAAAUCCAAUCAUAUAUACAGCUUCAGCUUAUUAUAAGCAUUACAACCUUCUUUCCCUUGAUUUAAGUUUCAAUAAUAUUACUAUUCUAUAUCGUGGUACAUUUCGUGGUUUAAACAGAUUACAGAAUCUAAAACUCCAGGGUAAUGAACUACUUAGAGAAAUAGAACCGGGAACAAAUAGUACCUAUUGUCAGGUUCUCGGAGCUUUGGCUACUCUCUCUAGAGAAGCAUCGGCUCUUUUCCUAUGUCUGAUAACUCUUGACAGAUUUCUCAUAAUAAAGUACCCUCUAGUACAAGCCAGGCUUUCACCACGAAUGCGUUUGGUGUCUCUUGGUGGUGUUUCUAUUGAUAGUGAGGUUUACGCUUGGGCUGCUGUUUUCAUAUUGCCUGUAAAUUCUACUCUAAAUCCAGUCAUAUAUACAGCUUCAGCUUAUUAUAAGCAUUACGUAUGA